AUGACGAGCGCAAAGAAUCAGAAGAUUGCGGACCUGUCGGCCGCCACCAAAGAUGUCCACGACCCGAACUGGAGGAUAACCUCCGAUUGGGGCACCAAGCAGACGAACACGGACGACUGGUUGAAGGUCGCCAGCGAGGACAGGACUGGUCCCAUGCUUUUGGAAGAUGGUUUCGGCCGUGAAAAGAUCCACCGCUUUGACCACGAACGAAUCCCCGAGCGUGUCGUUCACGCGAGAGGUGCAGGCGCCCACGGAAAGUUCACCUUGUUUGAAUCGGCUGCAGACGUUACUUCUGCAGGCGUUCUUACAGAUACUUCUCGAGAGACACCUGUAUUCCUCCGGUUCUCGACAGUCCUAGGUAGCCGCGGCUCAGCAGAUACUGUCCGCGAUGUUCGUGGAUUCGCUGUCAAGUUUUACACUGAAGAGGGCAACUGGGACAUCGUCGGAAACAAUAUCCCGGUCUUCUUCAUCCAAGAUGCUAUGAAAUUUCCUGACGUUAUACAUGCUGGCAAACCCGAGCCUCACAAUGAGAUCCCUCAGGCACAAUCAGCACACAACAACUUCUGGGAUUUCCAGUACCUUCACCCAGAGACUACGCACAUGCACUUCUGGACCAUGUCCGAUCGUUCCAUCCCCCGAUCAUACCGUAUGAUGCAGGGUUUCGGCGUAAAUACCUUCACACUCAUCAACGACAAGGGUGAGAGGAAUUUCGUCAAGUUCAUCUUUACGCCCGAGCUGGGUGUACACAGUUUCGUUUGGGACGAGGCUUUGAAGAUUGCUGGCCAGGAUCCCGAUUUCCACCGAAAGGACUUGUGGACCGCUAUCGAGAGCGGCGCAUACCCUAAGUGGAAGUUCGGUAUCCAGGUCAUUCCCGAGUCGAAGCAGGAUGACUUUGAAUUCGACAUACUUGAUGCUACUAAGGUCUGGCCUGAAGAGUUGGUACCUAUCCGAUACAUUGGCCAGCUUGAGCUCAACCGAAACCCGGACGAGUACUUCACACAGACUGAGCAGGUUGCUUUCUGUACUAGCCAUAUCGUGCCCGGUAUUGGUUUCAGUGACGACCCUCUCCUACAGGGCCGAAACUUCUCCUACCAAGAUACCCAGCUGAGCCGUCUUGGCAUAAACUGGGAAGAGCUUCCCAUUAAUAAGCCUGUUUGUCCUGUGAUGAAUCACAACCGUGAUGGUGCUAUGCGACACACUAUCACCAAGGGCACCGUCAACUACUGGCCCAACCGUUUCCAGGCCGUGCCACCUGCAACCGAGAAGGAGGGCGGCUAUGUUGACUAUGCUGAGAAGAUGGCUGGUGUCAAGACCCGCCUUCGCAGCAAAAAGUUUCAGGAGCACAAGAACCAAGCCGAGCUUUUCUACAACUCGUUGUCCGAGCCUGAGAAGACUCACAUGAUGAACGCCUUCGCGUUCGAGCUCGACCACUGCGAUGACCCCAUCGUUUACGAGCGUAUGACUGCCCGCAUUGCAGAAAUCGAUCUAGAUCUCGCGAAGUCCGUGGCCGAGAUGGUCGGCGGUGAGCAGCCGAAGGAGCAGAGUCGCCCCAAGCACAACAAGAAGGCCAAGGGUCUCUCGCAGCUCGAUUUCGCACCGGAGAAGCCGACCAUCGAAACUCGCAUGGUCGCCAUCCUGAUCGCAGACGGCUACGAUGCUGUAGCGUACAAUGGUAUCAAGACUGCUCUCAGUGCAGCCGGCGCCCUUCCCUUCACUAUCUCUCCACGCCGCAACAAAAUCUUCGCCGCUGGCGAGGACAAGAACACCGGCAAGGGCGUUGUCGCAGACCAUCACCUCGAGGGCAUGCGCUCGACCAUGUUUGAUUCCGUUUUCGUUCCCGGCGGUGCCGAAUCGAUUGCCACCCUCAGCAAGAACGGCCGCGCCGUUCACUGGGUGCGUGAGGCCUUUGGUCAUCUCAAGGCCAUUGGUGCGACUGGCGAGGCUGUCCAGUUCAUCCGUACCGCAGUCGAUCUGCCCGGCAUGUCGUUCUCUACCAGCGGUGACGUCGUCGACAGCUACGGCGUUGUCACCGCCAGCCAGGUUAGCCCGCAGAGCUUCAAGGAGGUCAUACAGAUGGCAAAGGGCGCGAAGGAUUUCGUCGACGCUUAUACUUUUGCCAUUUCGCAGCACAAGAACUUUGAUCGUGAGACGGAGGGCUUGAACGCUAUGGUUGCGUACUAA